AUGCAUUACAGACAGAGGUAGAAAAUAAUUGUCUGAAUGAGAAACAGUUCAAUCAACUGGAGCGUGAAUAUAGCCGGUAUGAGCAGGAAAUCCAAGAUCUCAAUAAAGAUAUAGAGCGUCUUGAGAAUGCUUCAGAAGAAGAGAUAGCUUAG